UGGCUGUGAGCGGGGCCGGUGAGCAAAAUGCGUGUUCGUUUCCCGUUCGGGAUGUGAAAGGGAAAGCCGCUGGUUCUGGCUGCCUCACGCAGCUUGUGUGAUACCCCCCAUCUCUGUCAAUUCUGUCCGUAGACGACGGACUGGUCCGAGCCCUGGCUGGUGGGGCUGGCGGUUUUCCACGUCCUCUGCUUCCUGCUCACUUGCUUCUCUCUCCAGCACUAUCGGGUGCAAGUAGGGCACUUUCUUUGCAUGGUGGGGCUAGUGUACUGUGCUGAAUAUAUAAAUGAAUUAGCAGCCAUGAAUUGGAGGCUGUUUUCUAAAUACCAGUACUUUGAUUCAAGAGGAAUGUUUAUUUCUCUAGUCUUUUCAGCACCACUGCUGGUGAAUACUAUCAUAAUUGUGAUCACCUGGGUUUACAAAACUUUGAAUGUAAUGACUGAACUGAAGACACUACAGCAGAGAAUUAAAGCAGAGAAAGAGAAGUGACAGUGUUUUUUGUAUUGUUGUUAUCAUUUGUACUAAUACUGUUUCAUGUAAUCAGUUCUUCUUCUAUGUUUAUCCAAGAACAGUAAUGCUUUUUGUGUCUGUUGUUAACAGGGCUUUGCACCCUUUGGCCAUGGGCAAAUGAGGGGAAGGCAGAGGUUCACAGUACGUCUGAACUUGGCUGUGAAAUCGAGAAAGGCUGGUCUUAACA